AUGGAGACAGCUGGUGCCUUAACGAUAUUUGAAAGAUCAUGCGCUACAAAGGGGCUGAAAUACAAAGAUAUGCUUGGAGAUGGUGAUUCGUCCACUUAUAGUGCUAUUCUAGAAAGUAAACCCCAUGGAGAGGACUGUAUACCCAGCAAACUAGAAUGUAUUGGGCAUGUCCAGAAGCGAGUCGGAAGCAGACUGCGGAGGCUAAAGAGUUCGAAUAAAGGCAGAAAACUCUCAGAUGGCAAAGGAAUAUCUGGCAAAGGUCGCCUAACUACUGGAAAGAUGGAUGUUCUCCAAAAUUAUUAUGGCUUGGCAAUAAGAGAAAACCUUGAUAAUGUUGAAGAAAUGGCUAAGGCUGUAAAAGCGUCUCUUUUCCAUGUUGCGUCAACAGAAGAGUACCCGCAGCAUCAUCUUUGCCUGAAAGGUGAGGACAGUUGGUGUGGCUAUCAAAGAGAUUCCAAAACAUACAAACAUAAAAAUGGUAUUCCAAAGCCCAUUGUUGAGUUGGUUGAGCCUAUAUUUGAUGAUUUGGCUGACCCAGCUUUGUUAAAGAAAUGCACCCAUGGCUUGACCCAGAAUCCGAAUGAAUGUUUGAACGGGAUCAUCUGGGACAGAUGUCCAAAGACUACAUAUGUAGAGCAGGAAACUGUAGCUCUUGCCACCUACCUAGCAGUCCUAAAGUUUAAUGAUGGGGACAUAUCAUAUCUUAAAAUUCUGGAAGACUUAGAUAUAACGCCUGGGUUCUUCACUUGUAAAG